UAUAUCCAAACUAAAAACUUGAGGAUCAAGUUAAAGACAUGUCAAAAUCUAUUUAAACCUGCCCUCAAGAUUAACAUGAACUGCAUCAUCAGUUUCUAUCACAUAGACAAAACAACUACCGGGUAAUAUUGGUCUAGAGCGAUGGCAGAGGAAAGCAAGGUGAUCCUACACGGUAUGUGGGCUAGCCCUUAUGCCAAGAGGGUUGAAUUAGCCCUUGAACUCAAGGGGGUACCCUACGAGUAUGUGGAAGAAGACUUGGUAAACAAAAGUGAGUUACUUAUCAAGCACAACCCUGUUCACAAGAAGGUUCCAGUUCUUGUUCAUAAUGGGAAGGCUAUAGCUGAAUCCCUUGUGAUCCUAGAAUAUAUUGACGAAACAUGGAAAAAUAGUCCGAAGCUGCUUCCUGAUGAUCCUUAUAAGAGAGCCCAAGUGCGCUUCUGGUCUAAAUUCAUCCAGGAACAGAUAUUAGAGAGCACAUUUCAAGUACUCAAAACUGAGGGAGAAGCGCAACGGAAAGCCGUUGAUGAAGUGUACGAAAAAUUGUAUGUGCUCGAAAACGGAAUGAAGGCGUUUUUCACAGACGGCAGCAAUCCUGGCUUUGAGGAAAACAAUGCUGGAAUCCUAGACGUGGUGUUUUGUUCGUUAUUUGGGGCAUACAAGGCUCAGGAGGAAGUUCUCGGUCUGCAAUUCAUAGUGCCGGAUAAAUUUCCCGUGUUGUAUUCUUGGCUGAUCACCAUUGUUGAGCUCGAAGCAGUGAAAAAGGUUGCUCCUCCACAUGAUAAAACAGUGGGUAUUCUUCAACAUUUUAGGCGCUAUGCACUAAAAUCUUCCACCGCAACCUGAUAAUGUUGAAGUACAAGUGUGAAUGAAAGAAGUCACACAUUAAAUGUAUGAAGAAGUAGGGAUUGAGCUGUUUAUAUGUGAUUUGGACAUCAUCCAGAUACAUCCACUCUGACAUAUAUAAGAGGCCUAUUGUCGCAUGCUUCCUCUAUCUUGAACGUUGUUCCUUCAUAAUUGCUGAUUUGAGUUUCUGUUAUAUCAGCAUUUGAAUGUUUGUUGCUAAGUUGUCUAUUUAAAUUUUUGUUGUAUCAAUGAUUUGAAUAUCUAAUGUAAUAAGCUUAGGCUUAUCUGUUUGGCCUAUAUAUACUGUAUAUAUAAGCAUCAAUAAAAUCAAUCCUUUGAUCCUUUCUACCA